AAACGCCAUUGGAUGUUGCUUCGUCCCUGGAAAAAUAAGGAAAACAAGGGAAUCCAGUAUAAUUUUCCUACCCAAACAAAGACUUAUUACAUCUGAAGUGGCCGCCAUGGUAGUUAAGAAGCGAGCUUCAAAAGAUCAGGCCAGUGCCGCGGCGGAAUCCGGCGACCCCUCCCGGAUUGCAAAACGUGACGAUGAGCCGAAGAUCACCCCUUCAAAAACUUCAUUUGUGCUCAAAUGCUCUGGGAUCUUCGCGAUUCCUUACUUCUACUUGAUCUUCUACCACUAUCGAAUAGAGCCAGAGCUCCGCAGAUCCAUCGCCAUUAAUGCUGCAAUAAGCUUGGUCGGGUACUUUUUAACCCUAGGUAUAAUCCCUGUGGCCUCCAAAUAUGUUAUCAGAAGGAACCUGUUCGGAUAUGAUAUCAACAAGAGGGGCACCCCUCAAGGCGCCAUUAAAGUGCCUGAGUCGCUGGGGAUUGCUGUUGGGAUUGUUUUCUUGGUUGUGGCUAUCUUGUUUCAGUAUUUUAACUUCACGGCCGAUUCUAAUUGGCUUGUUGAGUACAAUGCUGCAUUAGCUUCAAUCUGCUUCAUGUUGUUGCUUGGAUUUAUUGAUGAUGUUCUUGAUGUACCAUGGAGAGUGAAACUAUUAUUGCCAUCUAUUGCGGCUCUUCCUUUGUUGAUGGCAUAUGCUGGGCAUACAACUAUUAUUAUACCAAAGCCUUUAGUUUCAUAUGUCGGAUUAGAAAUUCUGGAUUUAGGAUGGAUUUAUAAACUAUAUAUGUGGCUCCUGGCCAUAUUUUGCACAAACUCAAUCAAUAUACAUGCUGGUAUCAAUGGCCUUGAAGUAGGACAGACAGUUGUUAUUGCAGCAGCUAUUUUAAUGCAUAAUAUCAUGCAAAUUGGAGCCUCCACUGACCCUGAGUACAAACAAGCACAUGCCUUUUCUCUUUACCUUGUACAGCCACUGAUAGCCACUUCAUUGGCGUUGCUUUCUUACAAUUGGUAUCCUUCUGCGGUUUUUGUUGGUGACACCUUCACAUACUUUGCUGGAAUGACUAUGGCAGUAGUUGGCAUUUUGGGCCACUUUAGCGAAACGCUUCUGAUAUUUUUCACUCCGCAAGUUUUGAACUUCCUGAUGUCACUCCCUCAGCUAGCUGGGAUUAUCCCUUGUCCACGGCAUCGACUCCCUAAGUUUGAUCCUCAGACCGGGCUACUGACUGGUACAAACGAUGGAACAUUGGUAAACUUCUGCUUAAGACAGCUUGGUAGAAUGUCGGAACAGUCCCUCUGCAUUGUAUUACUACUUUUCCAGGGGAUCUGCUGUUGCUUCUGUUUUCUUCUAAGGUGGCUUCUCACCGGUUGGUAUAAAUAGUGUGAGGUUGCAAAAUCACAAGAAUAAUUCUUCUGAGAGCACAUACAUACAUGAAUGAUAUCCUCUAGCUUGUCGAAACUUUUGAUAAUUUGACCAUCUUACCCCUAAACUCCAGACUUUGGGUGGGAGCGGGGGGCAGCGUCGGGAGGGCAGUUAAUAUUACAUGAGCUGAAUCUUAAUUAAUCUUGUUUGGAGUUUUGCCAAGCUCACUAGCUGAGAGUAAAAUGAGCAUUGUUUUGUUAACAUAAAGUAGAAGUGUAAAA